AUGGCUACAGCAUCACCUGCUAAGCACGACAGAAUAGAAAGACAUAUUCAACGACAGCGUGGAGCUGGUGUGCGAAGUCUUGCGACGAGCUUUGGUUUCUCCUUUGGUCUCCCGAUUGCCCCGCCGGCGCCCCCAGCAUUUGGAUCGACACAUGCCGAAGAACGACCAGCGAAGCGCAGGAAAUCGAGUGGCGUCCCUGCAGGUCAGGGAAAGGCAGAACAGAAGCUAGUGAUAUCGAAAGAAGAUGCAGAACCGCAGGAGAAUGUCGCUACAAAUGGCAAGCCCCAGAGGACGACCGCUGCCAAUGGCGAAGAGUCGGACGACAUAAUACACAGCAAGGCGGACGAUGACGGCUCUGUUGAGACUCGAGUUGUGCCAAAGAAGCCUUCAAGGUCAAAGAAGGUGGUCAAAGGAGUCCAAUCGGCUGCGGACACUUCUGCUGCAUGUGUGGAAGCUCCGGCAAAGAGGCGUGGUCGGCCAAAGAAGGCACUCGACACGGAGGAUGUGAAAGGGAACGCAGCACCCGAUGAGCCUACAGACCGCUUGAUGGCCGUCGCAGCGGCGCAGAUAGCGGUGGGUGUACCCACAGCUCUUACUGCAGAUGUUGCGGCCAAGUCGACGAGCCCAGAUACCACGAAGCCGGCGACUAAGAGGAAAGGCCGGCCGCGAAAACCCCCAGCAUCCGAAGCGGCUGCGAGUGCUGUGCCAGCACCGAUCGAAGAUUCUGGUUCGCAGCCUACCGCUCGUCCUAGGAGGCAUGCCGCCACGACGGCCAUGACCAAGGUCUCGGAAGGUUUGUUGGAAGAGGAAACCGACAUUACCAAGAAAAGACGAGAAGACGUGCCAAAGCGAGCCCCGCGAUCAAAGCAGAGGGUGAAGAACGAUGGAUCUGGGCCGACCGAAGCCAUGCCCAGCAAAGAGUCUGAGACGUCUGGCAAUUGCGCUGAUGAACCUCCAAUCAUCGAAUAUCAGCCUGAUUCUGAUGCGCAGGGCACGCGGACACAGCCAGAGGCAGCGCGCAGACCAGCACAGCGACGGCCUGCCGCAAAAGUUCAUAACACCACUAGCCCCGAUGAUGAGCAAGCACCUUCGAUUCGCAAACCAACAAAAGCCGCAUCUGUGAUGGCGGUGGGCAGUGAAGGACCAGCUGGAAAUUCAGCACAGACGACGAAUGCGAGCUCUGCGCCCAGUGCAAGGCCUAGAAGGCAAGCGGCCGAGGUUGCGGAGCACAAAGUCGCAAGCGGCUUCAUCGAGGAGGCGAGCGACAUAAGCAAGAAGCGACGCGAUCCUGAUAGCAGUACUGGAAUUGGUAGAGCCCAUCCAAAAUCUUCUGGCAGAAGCAAGGCAAGUCACAGAGCCGACAUGAAACUUGCUUGUGAGGAUAAGGCGCCUCCUUCUGAAUUUGCCACAGACGGCGAGAAGAAAGAGAACCGUACACAAGUUGCAGGAAAUGAUCGUGAGCUGGCCCGUGACCGUCGACCCCUUGGUGAGGCAGUUGUCAACAUUCGUUCGGUCUCACCAGCGAAGAAAACGCCAGAUGGAGGUGAGAAGAAGAAGACGAGGCAGCCAGUGCAGAAACCCGCGAUACCAAAGAAGUCCGCAAUCGAGCCUAAUAUCAAGGAGAGCACAAGGACGACCGCUGCAAAGAAGACUAAAGCUGGCAAGAUUUUCGUCGAUAGGGAUGCAGCUCAACAUGUCGCGGCUACGCGAAACAAUGCCAUCCUCCAGGACACAGCGGUGUCAUUAGGGCUCGGUCUCGAAUCGUCAGAUACAGCACCCAAAAAGCCCUAUGUCGAUCACGGCAGUUUGGAAGCCUCCUGUGCGGUACCACAAUCGGUGCACAGCAAGCAGCAGACGUCGAAGAAAAGUUGCAGACCAGAGUCAUUGAAGAAUGAAUCGAGGGUCAAACAGAACACAAACGACAUCAAUGAAGAUGUUGACUGGCUCUUUGAUAUGCCACCGAAGCCAUCAGUGCCGAAGAAGCGGGCUGCGAAGCAACUGCCGAUUGUGCACCAGCAACGGAAACGAAUGGCAGACACGAGUGAGAGUGACCUAGACGAUCUCCUGUCAAACAUCGCCACCUUCGUGCCCCAGAUCAAAACGUCGCAAGACCCACCAGUUCAGGUACGCGCUACUAGGAAGAAGAUAGGAUAA